AUGCUUAUAUUUUGUGGAACUCAAUUUAUAUUCAUAUUUGGUAUUUUCUUGGCAUUCGGUAGUGAUGAUUUCAAAACUUUCAAUCUUUUAACACAAUCCAUUAACUCAGUGAGAAAAUCUCUGAAUCCCAAACGUGGGUUCUCUUCAUCAUCUUCAAUUCCAUGGAUAUCUCCACUCCAUGUCCUAAAACCUUCAUCUCCAAAACCAGAGCCACCUCCAUUAGAAGAAGAACAAUCACAGAGAAGAACAAAUCCCAAAUUCAUUACACAUGAUUUUGCCAUCACCAUGAUUAAGAAAGAAGAAGACCCGCAAAGAGCUUUAGAAAUUUUCAACAGGGCUUCAAAACAAAGAGGAUUCAAUCAUAACCACAAUACGUACUUUACAUUACUUCACAAGCUUGCUCAGUGCAAGAAAUUCAAUGCUGUUGAUUCAGUUCUUCAUCAAAUGAGAUAUGAAACUUGCAAAUUUCAAGAAGCUUUGUUUCUUAAUUUGAUGACCCAUUUCUCUAAAUCUUCUUUACAUGAAAGAACACUUGAUAUGUUUUACUUAAUUCAACCAAUUGUUCGCGAAAAACCAUCUCUUAAAGCUAUUAGUACUUGUCUUAAUCUACUUGUUGGGUCUGGUAGACUUGAUUUAGCCUGUAAACUUCUUGCUGAUUCGAGAAAAAUAUUUGAUUUGAAACUUAAUACUUGUAUUUAUAACAUAUUGGUUAAGCAUCAUUGUAAGAAUGGCGAUCUUGAUAUGGCUUUUAAAGUUGUGACUGAGAUGAGUAAAUCUGAAGUUAGUUAUCCUAAUUUGAUCACUUACUCUACUUUAAUGGGUGGUCUUUGCAAAAAUGAGAGAUUAAAAGAAGCAAUGGAAGUGUUUGAGGAAAUGGUUUCAAAGCAUAAGAUUUUGCCAGAUGCUUUAACUUACAAUAUUUUGAUUAAUGGGUUUUGUCGAGGUGGAAAAGUUGAUCGAGCUAGAAAGAUAAUGGAGUUUAUGAGGAAGAAUGGAUGCAAACCAAAUAUGAUUAAUUACUCAUCUCUUAUGAAUGGGUUAAGUAAAGAAGGAAGAUUGGAGGAGGUGAAAGAAAUUUUCGAAGAAAUGAGAAAUUCUGGAAUGGAAGUCGAUGCUGUUGGUUACACUACACUCAUUGGUUGCUUCUGUAGAGCUGGGAGAGUUGACGAAGCAAUGAAUGUGUUUAGGGAGAUGAGGGAGAAAGAUUGCCGAGUUGAUGCCGUAGCGUACAAUGUGAUACUUGGGGGUCUCUGUAGGGAAAAAAGGUUCGACGAGGCUUUGGGGAUGCUUGAGAAGUUACCUAAUGAGGGUGUACGUCUGAACAAAGCGAGUUACAGGAUAGUAUUGAACUUCUUGUGUAAGGAGAGAGAAAUGGAGAAGGUUAUGGAUUUGCUAGGUUUGAUGCUUGGAAGGGGAUUUAACCCUCAUUUUGCUACUUCGAAUCAGAUUUUGGUGAAUCUAUGUGAGGAAGGUAGGGUGGUUGAUGCAACCAUGGCAUUGCAUGGACUAUUAGAAAUCGGGUUUAAACCAGAACAUGAAUCUUGGGCUCACUUAGUUAAUUCCUUGUCUGGAGAUUGGAAACUAGUGAUGGCAUUUGAGCUACUGGAUGACUUGGUUACUGAAGGGGUGUGAAACCUGACAGGAUUUUGGAGGCGCAGGCGUUGAGAUUAUGGAAUGUGGAACGAUGACCAAAAACUAUACCUGUAUUUAUCCUUCUUCUCAGUCCGUCAAUCAUACUACCGUGAUUUGGGAGUGUAAAGGGGAAUUUUAACUCAUUUUUCCAUGGCUAGGCUUGUUUACAUUUCUUGUCUAGGCACUACUGUCUUAAAACAUAGCUGCAUCAUGCCACCUCGACAAUCCUGCUUCGUUUUCUGACAAUCCUGCUUCAUUUUCUGCUCUUGGCGCCAAUGUUAAACUGUUGGGAACUGCAGCAGGUAAUAGAUUUGGAUGCGUUGGUUUGAGACUGCAAAUUCAAGGUAUGCAUGGUUGAUGAAAGGAUGGUCCGGGAUUUUGUUAACAGGUUUAUAAUGCUGCGCAGAAGGUGAGAACUGGGGCAGAACUGGAUAAUAGGUUUAUAAUGCUGCACAGAAGUUGAGAACUGGGGCAGAACUACCGUACAGAUUAUGUCAAGUUUCCAGGGUUCAAACUGUUUUCUUGUUUCAGUUUGAAGAGUCCUUGUAAUUGCAUGAAAACUUGAGUUUCAGC